GGCUCAGGCACAGCAGGUGCGGCCUUUGGUGGCUCAGGCACAGCAGGUGCAGCCUUUGGUGGCUCAGGCACAGCAGGUGCAGCCUUUGGUGGCGCUGGUGCAACAGGUGCGGCCUUUGGCGGCUCAGGCACAGCAGGAGCAGCCUUCGGUGGCGCUGGUGCAACAGGUGCGGCCUUCGGCGGCUCAGGCACAGCAGGUGCAGCCUUUGGUGGCUCAGGCACAACAGGUGCGGCCUUCGGCGGCUCAGGCACAGCAGGUGCGGCCUUUGGCGGCUCAGGCACAGCAGGUGCGGCCUUUGGUGGCUCAGGCACAGCAGGUGCGGCCUUCGGCGGCUCAGGCACAGCAGGUGCNCAGGUGCGGCCUUUGGCGGCUCAGGCACAGCAGGUGCGGCCUUUGGCGGCUCAGGCACAGCAGGUGCGGCCUUUGGUGGCUCAGGCACAGCAGGUGCAGCCUUUGGCGGCUCAGGCACAGCAGGUGCAGCCUUUGGUGGCGCUGGUGCAACAGGUGCGGCCUUUGGUGGCUCAGGCACAGCAGGUGCAGCCUUUAGUGCUUCUGUAG